UUCCUAAACGUAGUUAGUUAGCUACGGACCUUCAAAAUGCAAUGUUGUGUUUGGGGGUGCAAGGCCCAAUAUCGGAAAGGAGGAGGGUUAGGGUUUUUCCGAUUCCCUACUGGAGAGAACGAAAUUGCUCAAAGUCAAAGGAAAACUUGGAUAAAAAUGGUGAAGAGAGAAGAACCAGAUCUGCCUUCCCGUGUGGGUGGUAAAUUGGUACUCCAAAUGGGAAACGACUGGCACCCUACUACCUCCUCUCGCAUUUGUGGGAGGCACUUUGUUUUAAAGAAACCAAACCUGCAUCCGGACCACCCUGACUUUGCCCCAUCCCUCUUCCUUCACCCAGAGGACUAUGCCUCGAGUCCGAACACAGCUCAGACAGAAGGGAAAAGAAACCUGCAGAGCUAUGACAGGGCGGUGAAGAAGAAGAAGAAGUGCCUUGACCUGAGUGAGGUUGGAGGUGCUGACCCGAGGGACAGUUAUGCUGACACCACAGAAGAAACUGAAGAGCAGGACCUGGGCACCUGUGUAUCGUGUGAGGUCCUGAGGAAGUCCUUAAAUGAUUUGCAGUCCAGGCAUGAUGCUCUGCAAGUCGAAGCUGUCGAUCUCAGGGCGGAGAGAGACUUUUAUAAAGAGAACGCAUCUCAAUCCUCUCUCUUUGUUGACACCUUUACAGACAGAGACAAUCAAACGCAUACAGUGAGAGAAGUGCCAAGCAUGGCUAAACCAAAUGGUAUGAACCAACAAUGUACUGGGAUGGUUGAGGAGCCAUGUCUUAUGGAGGUUGAGGAGCCAUGUCUUAUGGAGAUUGAGGAGCUUUGUCCUGUGAAGGUUGAGGGGGACUAUGAUCAAGUGUUGAUUAAGGAAGAGGAACAACAGGUCCAAAUAGAACUUUGUAGCCCCUUGGCUAGUCAGGACAAAGUGACCCAUGUCUCCCAGGAUAAACCUACCCAGCAUAACAACAUUAUGAAGGCCACCAGGCGACCAUGUCUGUUAGCCCAGGAUAAACCCAUCCAGAUAGUCAACACAAUGUCACUCACUAGAGUGGUAGCCUCCAGGCCCCCAAGCCAGGUAACCAUGGAUAAACCUAUCCAGCUUGCCAAAACCAAUGACCAAUGUUUUGUGAAGGUUGAGGAGUCAUGUUUUGUGGUUGAGGUGGACUAUGAUCAAAUGUCGAUUAAGGAAGCAGAGCAACAAGUCCAAAUAGAAAUCUGUAGCCCCUUGGCUAGUCAAGACAAAGUGACCAAUGUCUCUCACAGGCUGCCAAUUCAUGUCCCCAAGGAUAAACCUAUCCAGCUUGCCAAAGCCGUAGUAGAAAGCCACCUAAUGACUAACCAUCUGCCUGGCAGCCAAACCACUGCUGAGCCUUUGCAGAAGACUCCUCUGUCAGCUCAAAGGACACCUGUUGCAGGCAAACAAAUUCAGAGAAGCAUAACAAACACAGAGAGGGAUGAGUUGCUUUGGCUGGGCUACAUGAAGUGGAAUGUGCGUCUUCCUGCAAGCACAAUUAGAACUGCACACAAGUUUCAGACGCCUAGGGCAACAGUGCAAUACCUUCUACACGCAGUCUUCUCCCAAUGUGAACUCGCUACCAGCAAUCUCAAGGGCAUUCCUGCACUGGGCCUUAACAAACUGGACCCGGACAAACUUUCUGCCAUAAGACAGUUUGUCGCCACUAAGUUUCGCCGUUUAGACAUGCGUCAAUGUGGUAAAGACUGGGUAAAGUGCCGGCGCCAGAUAACCAGCAUGCUCAGGAACAUUCGGAAGGAGGACAGGAAGACGAGGGGGCUCUCAGGAAACCUUUGUAUGAUAGAGAAAGUGGUAACGGAUCAGAGUUUGCCCAGUCAGCCAUCGCCUCCCUCAUUCCCCUCGAUCUCCCAACAGCACACAGCUGCCUUCUACAGCCCAACAGAAGAAGAAGAGAUCCUCUGUCUCGAGAGUUAGGUUACACAAUAUCUGUAAUGAUGUUUGCAUUUUCUUGUAAUAAACAGUUUGUUGGGAGUAAAAAAUAUAA